AUGAGAGAAGAUGGGAAUUGCGCCAGGAACACGCUCACCGAACCGCUUUUACCUCAUGCGGCGGAUACCGCAGAGCAGCAGCAACAACAACAACGGCAGGUGGAUGCUGUGUCGCAAGCACCGCCGUAUUCCGCACGGGGGGGUCUGCGGAAUGGCGGGAGCAGCCGCCGCCUUCGUUCGGACGUUUCUGACCAUGCCAGGCCGCACAAGCGCUUAGUAGCGGAGUUGCAAAUUGAGACUCUUUCGACGGGUUGCACGCGUUUGUUUUUGUACUCGUGGUAUGCCAUGCUUAUCUUGGCGCUUAUUCUUCAAUCCUUUUUGUCGUUGCAGUGGAAAAUGACAAAUAUCUGCGGGUCUACAGAGGAGAGUCUCCAUCAUCUUGACGCGUGGAGUAGCCCUUGUGUUAGGAGUUAUUCUUAUUUAUCUUAUGAUAUCAUAUGGUCCGAGUAUGCUGUGGGCGAUAGGCAUCAUGUUGUUCCCAUAGACGUUUUGCAUGGUAUUCCUGUGGAGGGUGAGGGAAACAAGGCAAGUCGUGGUGUACUUGGAAAUGGUACCUUGCCCAAACACCUGCACAAUCUACGCUGGGUAGGGGGCGGCCGCGGUAGCCUUUUGGAUGUCAAACUUAACCGCUUUGUGCGUGUCGUCUUGAGCAUGGCCUCGCCGCAGGAAAAUCUGCCGGAGGGACUGCAGUGGAAGCGGUACCCGCUUAUGAUUGCUCUGGAGCAGUCCCCGUUGUCACCCCUACCCCAAGACGGAAGUAAUUCUUUUUCAAGCAGCAGAAGUAUUGACGAUAGUAGCGACGAUCACUUUCUGCCUCCGACGUCUGCAAGUCUUUACAACACCACCACGCUUUGCUCUCGUACGGAACGGCGCUGCUCUUCAGUGGUACUCCCACAAGAUGUUGUGGUGGCCAACAAUGGUUCGCGAAUUACACUGACCAUAUUUGGAGUCGAAGAAGAGCUUGGAAAUGUGUCUGCUUUGUCAGCUGUGGGCAUCGUCUUUCAGAGGUCUGCCUACACCAUUGGAACGAUUGUGUGGCGGUACGGUUUUCUGCUCUUCUCAUUUCUGCACCUCAUCCGGUUCGUUUACCGCAAACGGUACUCAAAGACGUUGUACGAGCAGUACUGGGUGAUGCUGCUGCACCUCGGCCUCUAUCUGUACCUCGACCCCUUCUUUGCCGCUGGCAUUUAUGAGGUUCGCGGUGCGGCGGUGUACCGUUUUUUUGAGUUCCGUAUGCCUAACUACUUCGCUGCAUUGUUUAGUUGCUUCAUCUUUGCGCUCAUAACGGCCUCUAUCGAUUGGACCUACAACGGAAGAUCGGAGAGGUCGGAGGCGAUGGAACCACAAAAAGCGUCUGGCGAAGAUGCGGUUCAUCCAUCGAUUUUGGUCUCACAUCCACACCGCACGGAGGACGGGCUUCUUGAUUCUCGGCUCGCACCGGCACAAGAGUCUCAUCUACAUUUACAGCAACAGGCACAGAAGCAGGAGCAGCCUUGCUUCACACCAAGAGUGUCCACACAUGAGAACUUCGUUGUGGCCGCAGAUGGGGUUCGCCCUAUUGAAGCAACGCUUCAUCGAAUACCAUUCUGGGCGAAGAUGGCGAUGACAAAUUUCUUUGUAGGUAUCAUCUGUCUUGACGUUGCACGGGCGUAUAUAGGCGGUUGGGACUGGGGAACAGACACGGCGUGCACUAGCUUCUCAUGUCUGUACAUUCUCUACACGUUCUAUAGUCUUCUGCUGCUAUUUAUUGUAUUGUGCUGCGUGCUGCUAGUAUGGCUCCACCGCAAUCUCGGAAAACGUCCGUACUUGGAGACACGGCCGCAACAGCUGUCGUGCCGAGUAUUCAUUUUUGUCUUCACUACUGCAUUGGUAUACUUUGUGGUGCAGGUCGUUCUCAUCGCCUUGCUCUACCCGCAGAUUAUUGGUAUUGCCGCCUACCAGCCGUUCACACAGCUUUCUCCGGUGAUGGUGUCGACUUUUUUCGUCAAUCACAUCACAUUUGUAUACACCACAACUGUUGCCUCGCGUCGGGUGCCUAUACGCCCCGAUAACCCUCAUUGGCGCCGAGUUGUGUGGUCGAGCGAGUGGUACCGCUGGCUCAAUUUGCAUGGUGGUAUCCUGUACAUAUUUUACAAUGAGCAGCAGGAGCGGCAUUUCAACUGGCUACAGAACAAACGGCAAAUGCCGUCCCUAUCGAGACGUCGGAGACUGCGCGAUUCUGUUGCCGUCGUAGAGGCAAAUGUCAACGACAGCAAGAGCAGGGUGAGAGAGCCCCAUGAAAACACGUUUGGUGUUGCUUUUGGUUCCCCAAAACGUGGAGGUGAGGAUUGGAGCCAAGUUGAGGGUGGAGGUGGUUCUAACCACCUUACAGAUGAGCCUGAGACAGAUGAGGAAGACACGCGGUCUGACAGCUACGACAGCCACGAGGAUGAGGAUGGUGAUGAUGACGUUUUUGACUCCGACAGCCCAGUGGCGGUGCCACAUACUUCACAUGAAUCCAAGAAGAGAGGAAGUGUAUGGACCAUUCUACAAAAGGCAGAGCGGCACCUGACGGAGCGCCCGGCUGCCCUGAUGGACCGUCUCGAAGAAGCCCUCGUCGACCCGCUGCAGUCGCUGUUUCUGCGAGGCCGCGGGCGUAUGCCUUUCUUCAACCUCGAGACCGCCAUUGACUGCCUAAACUUGUCCUGGGAAGCAUAUGUGACGGCCUUUGGCAAUGAAGACGCGGAAACGGUGAAUGACACACGAAAGGCCUCACCAGUGUUUACUGGUGCCACGUUUCCCUUUAUGUGGCGCCGCUACAUGCCGCGCUGUUUUCAGUUGGGUGGUGUCAGCUGCAAUGACGGCUUGGACAACGUUGCGGUGACUGAAGAUGGCGAGCCCACGGCCGCAGAAGCAGAAGCAGCAACAGCAGCGGAAACGGUGCCGGAAAAAGUGCCGUCAUCACCACCGUCACUACCAUUACCGUCUCGCAACACAAUGAGGACGGAGCAGUACGGCUACAAGCAGGUGGCAGUGUUUGAGGGUCGCGAUGUGCAAGUUGUCAUCACGGUGAUGGACACAACGCUCCCGUGCCACCGACACAAGAUACCGCGCCUCGUGAUUGCGUUUCGCGGCACCGACAAUUUGUCCAACGCACGCGAGGACCUCCGCUUUCGGCAGCGUACGUGGAAGGAGGUCGAAAGCCCAACCCACUGGGGCAUCGCGCAGAGUGCCAAGGUGCACACGGGGUUCCUGAACAUCUGGAUUUCCCUCAAGAAAGGGGUGUUGCACACGCUGCGAGAGUACCUGGCUGCAGGCUCAGACGUGGUGUACAGCAUAUUCUGCACCGGCCACAGUCUUGGCGGCGCUCUCGCAUCGCUCUGCGCGUAUAGCGUGCGGCGUAUGCUGCGCACCGUGCGGUACCCACUCGCGGAGGUGACCGUUUACACGUUUGGGCAGCCACCGCUCGGCAACAGGGCUUUCCAGUCGGAAGACGUACAACAAGGCCGUCCCGCGUACCUUCCGUGUUGUUAA